AUGUUAGACUCAGAUCAGUCCGAUCCUUAUGAAGAUUCAGGAUCAGAAUUUGUUCCAUCAGAAGAAGAAAGUGAAGUAAAUAAGACAAAAGGAACAAGUAGUGAGGAAAUACAAGAGGAAAAAACAAGGAAAUUUAAGCCAAAAAAGCGUAUUCGUCAUGAGCAGAAUUGGAGACGAGCUGCAAAUAAAAGGAAAAGAUGUACCGGAGAAGAAUUUACUACAAAAUCUGGAAAAACGGUGCUUUCAAAACCUUUCCUAUUUUUUGCUUGUGCCUGUAAAAAUAAAUGUCAUGUUUUACUACCUGAAGAACGACAAAGGGAACAGCACACUAAUUUUUAUGCUUUACAAAGUUUUGAUCUACAGACUUCUUAUCUAUUUUCAUUAGUUAAAGUUGUAAAGAAACUACGAAAGUAUACUGAGAACGAAAACUCUAAGAGAGAGACUACCAAAAAAUAA